CGCAGCGCCGACCCGCGGGAUGGCUCAGCCGGCGGGCCCGGCGGGCGGCGGGGAGCCCCGGGCGGAGCCGGCGGACGGCGAGGGGCCGGCGGACCCCGGGGCGGCUGGCGGGCCUCCGGACGCGCUGAGCCUGGAGGAGAUCCUGCGGCUCUACAACCAGCCCAUCAACGAGGAGCAGGCGUGGGCCGUGUGCUACCAGUGCUGCGCCUCCCUGCGCGCCGCGGACGCCGGCCGCCGCCAGCCCCGGGGCCGCCUGCGCUCAGCGGCGCAGAUCCGCGUCUGGAGGGACGGCGCCGUCACCCUGGCGUCCGGCGGCGCGGGAGAGCCGCCCCCCUCGGCGGGUAAAUUGGGAUAUUCACAUUGUACAGAAACAGAGGUUAUUGAAUCUCUGGGAAUUGUUAUUUAUAAAGCACUGGACUAUGGUUUGAAGGAGAAUGAAGAAAGGGAGUUAAGCCCCCCACUGGAGCAGCUAAUUGAUCACAUGGCCAAUACAGUAGAAGCUGAUGGGAGUAAUGAUGAAGGCUAUGGGGCUGCCGAUGAAGGUCUGGAAGAUGAAGAAGAUGAAAAGAGAAAAGUCUCAGCCAUCCAAUCAUACAGAGAUGUCAUGAAGUUAUGUGCUGCUCAUCUUCCAACUGAAUCAGAGGCACCAAAUCAUUAUCAGGCAGUAUGUCGUGCACUGUUUGCAGAAACAAUGGAGCUGCAUACAUUUCUGACUAAGAUUAAGAGUGCAAAGGAGAAUCUUAAGAAGAUUCAAGAAAUGGAAAAGACUGAUGAAUCUAACACAGACCUGGAAGAGCUGAAAAAUGCUGAUUGGGCUCGAUUCUGGGUACAGGUGAUGAGGGAUUUGCGGAAUGGAGUAAAACUCAAGAAGGUCCAAGAGCGGCAGUACAAUCCUUUGCCCAUCGAAUAUCAACUCACCCCUUAUGAGAUGCUGAUGGAUGACAUUCGAUCCAAAAGAUACACUUUGCGCAAAGUAAUGGUCAAUGGUGAUAUUCCCCCUCGGUUAAAAAAAAGUGCUCACGAAAUCAUCCUGGACUUCAUCAGAUCAAGACCCCCUUUAAAGCCGGUUGCAGCCAGAAAACUGAAACCCACUCCACCACGACCACGGAGCCUCCAUGAAAGAAUAUUAGAAGAAAUCAAAGCAGAAAGAAAGCUACGGCCUGUCUCACCAGAGGAGAUUAGACGCAGCAGAUUAGAUGUAAAUACUCCUGAAUCUCCAAAGAACACUGUGGAAUCUUCAAUGGUGAAUGGAGGUUUCCCAUCACAAACAAAAGAAAAUGGAUUGAGUGCUGCACAGCAGGUGCCUGUGCAGCGGAAGAAGCUCCUCAAAGCUCCAACUCUGGCUGAACUGGACAGCUCUGACUCCGAGGAAGAAACUCUGCACAAGUCUACCAGCAGCAGCAGUGUAUCUCCUUCCUUCCUUGAAGAUCCCUUAGCAGAGGCUGUGUCCACAAGGAAGAAGCCUCCAAAAUUCUUGCCCAUAUCAUCAACACCCCAGCCAGAGAGACGACAGCCACCCCAGAGACGACAUUCCAUUGAAAAGGAAACACCCACUAAUGUAAGACAGUUUCUGCCACCGUCCAAGCAGAGCUCCCGAUCUCUUGUUCCUAGGAUAACCAGUGUUUGGCCAAGGACGCCUUUCCGACCACUUUUUUCUACCAUACAAACAGCUUCUCUGCUCAGCUCUCAUCCUUUUGAAGCAGCCAUGUUUGGGGUAGCAGGGGCUAUGUAUUAUCUAUGUGAGAGAGCUUUUACCAGCAGGUGGAAAUCCUCAAAGGAGGAAUUUUGCUAUCCAGUGGAAUGCCUAGCUCUUACUGUGGAGGAAGUGAUGCAUAUUCGUCAGGUCCUGGUGAAGGCAGAACUGGAAAAGUACCAACAGUAUAAAGAUGUCUACACCGCCUUGAAAAAAGGAAAGCUCUGCUUUUGUUGCCGAACCAGAAGAUUUUCCUUCUUCACCUGGUCUUAUACCUGUCAAUUCUGUAAGAGGCCGGUGUGUUCACAGUGUUGCAAAAAGAUGCGGCUGCCCUCCAAACCAUACUCCACUCUUCCCAUCUUUUCAUUGGGACCUUCUGCCUUGCAAAGAGGGGAAAGUUGUAUGAGGCCAGAAAAGCCCACCACUGGCCACCAUCGGCCACUCCGGAGCAUUGCCAGGUUCUCCUCAAAAUCUAAAUCUGUAGACAAAUCAGAUGAAGAACUACAGUUUCCCAAAGAGCUGAUGGAGGACUGGAGUACUAUGGAGGUGUGUGUAGACUGCAAAAAGUUUAUUUCGGAAAUCAUCAGUUCAAGCCGGCGCAGCCUGGUGUUGGCCAACAAAAGAGCCCGAUUAAAAAGGAAAACACAGUCUUUCUAUAUGUCCUCACCAGGCCCCUCGGAAUACUGCCCUUCAGAGAGGACUAUCAAUGAAAUCUGAGCCUGUGCCUUUCAGUUGCUUUGUGUUCAGAGUCGGCACUAGUAUAGGAGAACACUGAGCUGGGCUGGCUCUCCUUGCCGUGGUCUUAGUUACUAGGCUUGAAUUCGCAUUAGAUCAGGUUUUUGCUGCAUCACGUUGUUCCACAGACUGAAAGCUGUGUUCAUAUCGAUUGAUGAUACGUGACAGGUCAGCCAAUUGCUCAUUUGCACCAAGCGAGAACAAUAGUUUGAAACUUGCUUUUGUGUGUGUGUGGAUUUGGAAGCCAGAGACUUUUUCCUUAGUUCAGUUCCCUACUGUUCCUCAGAGAAUUUCCUGACUAAGGCAAAAAGCUUCUCAUGUGAGAAAUCAGCCUCACAAAGCUGUCGAUGUUAGCACAGUUCUAAGCAGUAAGUCAUAUUGGCACUUCCACCUGACAGUGUUCCUAUCUAAUGUACAUAGUGACCGGGCCCUGCCACACACCAGACACCUGGAGUCGGGGACCGGCUGUGUAUCAUGUCACGAUACAAAACCCAGAAGGAUUUGCUUAUACUAUCAAACUGAUUUUAAAUUAUUGUUGCUCGGAGACAAAAAGACUACAGGAGGGACUUCAUUCCUGCGUUCUAGUGCAAAACAUCUGGAUAAGCUGUACACCCAAGUGGGUGACCAUUUCCUCUGAGCUGCUGUGUUUGCCCUGGUGCAAUGGAUCAGUGUCUCCUGAGUGGGUGACAGGUCUUCAUUCCCUAUCUUGAAUGUAUUAUGGUUACUUGUAGUUUUGUAAAAGAGGUCUCAGAAUAAAGUUUUGUGGGAGUUUCAGGACAAAGGAAGGCUAAAAGUUUGUCAAGAAGUUGAGUGUAUUUUGGUUAACUUUGAAAACGAUUGUGACAGCAUUGGGGUGCCAGCUGCCACACUACAGGGAAUGAGCUGGAGCUCAUCCAUCUUCAGCUACAUUUUUCAUAACUUUAUAGUCUUAGCCAUCACAACUAAAUUAAGCCACAAUUUGGUACCUGAGGUCUCAAACUGAAAUUUAUUUAUUUUUCUAAAUGAAUUUUAAGGGAAAAAACAUUGUCUAGUUCUUUUAAAAUUACAAGAAAAUUAACCUAAUAGACUUUUUGGACGCUUUUUGCACAAGUUUUCCUUGUAAAUGACUGGAGUGUGUAAGGUGGGUUUUUGAUGAAGGUAGGUUGGAAGGUAGCACUGUUUACCUGAAAUUUCUCAGCCUGUCUGUCCCGUACUAGGAGCUGUACUUUAUUUUUAGUAUGCUUUGUUGGCAAAUUGAAUUUAAAUAAAAAAUAAAUUAAAAAUAAAUACAUAAAUUUUUUAAUUAAAAAAAAUGACCAACCAAUCAAAUUGCCAUGGCUGUUUAGAAAAUCAGUUAAUGCACAUGCACAAUAAUUUCCUAAAAGCUAUAGGACACAUCUGUAGUCAGCACUGCGACAGCACCAUUAAAGGCAUGGCAGUCACAUUUCAUACCACAUCAAAGUAUAGUAGCAUUUCUAUGUUAGAUUAACAGUAAUACCUCAGAACUGCUCUGGUAGUAGUUUGUAAUGGAUUGAAAUGUACACUUUAGUAAAUGGCUUAAAAUUACUUAUGAAAUAAACUUUACCAAUUGACUAAAAUAAUGCAUGUUAACAGUUCCUCUGUAUUUGCAUGUAAAAAGUGGGCCACCAAAGAACCUUACUGAUUUUGCACAUGUUUAAAUUACUGUAAAGACUCUUGUAUUAGAGAUUUAAACAUUUUAUUGGGUGAAUCUCAUUUAUAAAAUUUUCCAAGGGAUUAUUUGGAUUCUAUACCCUUGAUGGUUCGGUGGAAGCCACACCCUCUGAGAGCCCCAGGUUUGGGCCUCUGUAUGACUACUGGGAAACAAUGGUAUUUGUGUAUGUAUAUAGACAUGACACACAGUAAUGUGCUUUUUAAAAUAAUGAUGAGUUUACUGCUGUUACUAAGACACAGGAAACUAAGCCCCUGAAAUGAGAAUUUCAUUCACAUUUACAAGGCAGAUACCUAGCCCAUCUCAGUUUUUGCUUCACUCCUUCAGGUUUAUGAUGCUCUUGGCUGAUUUGGGCAUUAUGAUCACUCUUCCCAGAGUGUUAGAAUGUGAAUCCUUCAGUGGCAUUAAUGAGGUUUGUCAAGUGGUUGUGGAUCUACAUGAGACAGUUCGCAGUAUGAGAAGACGACACAUAACACAGUUAAAAGUGUAGAAAUUGAAUUAGCAUCACUUUUUAUUGCCAAAACAAUUCCUUGACAGUUUCUCCCAUAUCCAUGACAUGAACCCAGUACCUCAAUUAAAUUAAGUAAUUCCCAGAGAGAAAUUCACUAACAGCUAAUGCAGAGUGGUUUGACCCCUGUUAACCUAGUGUACCUUAGUCCUCUUUCUCGUCUUAACUACUAAAAGAACAUACCUUCACAGUAUUCCUUUUUUCUUGGUUUCUGGCAUUUGCACCUGAUCCAACACUGCCAAAUCGUUGGCUAGCUGGUCAGAAGAUGUGUCUGAGAGCUCGUGUGUACACCCGAGCAGCCUUUGGCACAUCCUCUAGCACCUGUUCCGUUUGUCCCAGACCUCACAAGCCCACUCUGCUGGGAGAUCAUUCCUUCCCCACGGCUCAACUUUCUACCAGUGUCAGAGUAGAUAAGAAUACUUGUAAAUACUGUAAUAUGUUUAUUAAUAUUUGAAAGGCAUUCAUUCAGCAGACAAUGGGAAUUAACUCUUCAGGGACAAGUGAAAUGGAAAUAAUUGCUAUGUACAUUGACAUAACAGUCUUACUAGAUUUCAAGUCUUAAGCCUCUCAAAAACAGGAGUUUGUCAUGUAGAAACUUUAAAAAUGAUCUUACAUUUGAAGACAUGAUAUGAUUAGCACUGGACACUCAUACCAUGAAUUUUUAAGGCUUUUAUUUUUCUAAUUGUAUUAAUAAAUACAGGAUUGGAUUUUAGGAGUCAAAUAGGAGACAUGAAAGUUUUAAAUUAUGUUGCUAUUUGCUAAAGCAAAAUGACAGAAAAUUUUGUUUAUGCAAAACUGUUCGAAGGGCCAUGGAGAAAUAUGUACACUGACUGACUGGACCUGGCUUCCUGUGUGUAUGAAAGUCAGGGUAUUGCUGGCAUUCAGGGUGACAUGACAGUACUAAACGUUUUCCAUUCAAGUCUUUUAAAAUUUAGGGAAAAAUAAAAUGACUUUCCAUCGUAA